GCUACAAUAAGCACUCACUUCAUUCUUUACUGCAUAUGCUUAGCAAUCGAUUUACUUGGGAGGACGCCAUUCCCAUCGUUUCCUGUAGAGGCCAGGCGAUGUUUGACGUGUUUUAAAUGCUACCGAACAUUCUUUUAGCAAGUUUCUUGCUUCUGUCUUUAGCUCUACUUGUCCAGGGUGCACCCAGUGGCAUAGGACUGAACGCAGACGUACCCAUCCUGGAGGUUCCUCUAUCCAGGAGAACAUGGGUGUCGCCGGAAUGGCAGCAAUUCAUCGCAACAAACCUUGAACCUGACCUGGAGCCCUGGCGCGCCCGCGCGCCGCUGCGAGCUGCAGAUGUUCUGGUUCAGUUUGAUGCAUACAACCAGGUACUGCUCAGGGUACUCCUCAAACGUGAUUGUAGUAUGCUAUGCUUGGGCCACGAGCACCCGCUACAAGUGCUGACCGCGUGCCGAACUCCUGCUGGCACCAUCACGGCGUUAUGUAUCACGCUUACCCGCGUCGCCGGCGCACCGACCUGGUGGAGCAGUGGUGGAAGUCCUAUUCGGUACUGCAGCUGGUCCUUAUCUACAACAACACCAUCUACUGGCCCUCGCGCCCGGACGGACCCAAGCUGACGUGGCCCACCGGCCAUUGGGCCAGCCCAUACAAAUGCGAUAUGCACGCUGCGCUUGCACCCGCGUUGGCGGCCGGCCGCAUUACGCUUCCCAACGCGCUCUUCAUAUACAACACGGAUGACAACAUAGUGCGCUUCGGAAAGCGCGCGCGCAACCUCACUGUGCCGUCGCUCAGCAUCUCGCGGCUGUCCGGCGGGCCGGAGCUGCAGCCCGAGGGCGAGGACCUGGACAUCCUCGUGCCGCAGAUGAUGUACACGCUGGACUCCGUGAUCAGCUACCCCUGGCACCUCAAAAAGGACAUAGCCUUCUUCCGCGGCAAGCCGCACUGCACCGGCCUAUGGUCCCAGCGCUACAACUACACGGACGCAUGCUCGCGAGCCUACCUGGCCUGGAUGUCUGCACGGGACGAAGCGGUGGGCAACGCCACAGCUCUUGAUGUGGCAAUUUACAUCCCGUACAACGUCCGGCACCCGAACGGGUCCAUUCCGCACAACUUCACGUACCCGCUCAAGCACACGGCGCCAAUACGGGAGCACGCCAAGUACAAAUGGCUGCUGAACCUGGAGGGGAUGGUGGCGGCCUUUCGGCUGACGCAGUUUAUGAUGCUGAACUCUCUCAUCCUGCACCAGAGGACGCACUACAUAGAGUACUUCUACAGGAGCCUGGAGCCAUGGAAGCAUUAUGUUCCCUUCUGGAAUGCCACCGCGCCCGAUGGCAAGCUGCUGGGAAUGGAUGACAUUUACAGUGUGCUGGAGUAUGUGCGGCGGCUCGACCGGGAGAACCCAGCCGCAAUCCAGGCCAUCAUUGCCAACGCACAAAGUUUUGCUAUGAAGUUCCUGCACACGCCCAUGCGGCUGCGCUACUAUAAAGCAGCUAUUGAGGGCUACAAGGCGCUGUUUCCCGACAUGGACAACUUCCUGGAGUCAUACGUGGCGGAUCUGCGCGCCAAGGGCUGGGCCAUCUAGCAUGCAUGUGCAGCGCACUGCAGGCACUGUGUGUCGGCUAUUCCAUGUCGCAAUUUACGUUCCGAAUGUAAGUCCUCGAUUACAUCUUGAGUCGUUGACGCCUUUGCGGCAGUAUAGCGCCCUCAUGUUGGCAGAGGGCCAGAGGCUGCGAAAGCAGAGCGGGUGCGGGUGAGUAAUUGUGCGUCAGGCGGCAUUGAUUACCGCUGUCCUUUACCACCGCCAUCAGGUCUUGGUUACUCGCCGCAGUAUGGUAUACACGGUCAUUUGACUCUGAGCGCCGAUGUUGUUGUUACGAUGGCACCCGGCCAAAGCACGAUUGGUCGAUUGCUGAAGGGCUGGAUGCAGGGGAGCAGGGGAUUCUCUGGCCGGUUGCUGCAGGGUUGGAUGCUUGCAGCAGGAGUAGGAGCAGAGCAGCUGGAGCAGCAGAAGGACGGAACAGGAGCAGGAACGGGAGGAGACAAGUGUUCCCUGGUCACGGGAAAAGGGGCUGAGCCCCUCCACAGUCUGAG